GAACUUAAGUACUUCGGUUUGUCUCACAUAUUUCAUUUCGCUUUAUUAAUCAUAAGGUUUUUUCUUUUCUUCUCCAGAUGUUUGCUUUAGGCGCGCAAGAUAAUUACUGUAUGUGACACGAGCACAUCCCGCUGUCGCGCGGUAACAGGUAGCCAAGGGAACUGACAUCACUAAAUUUCUUAUCGAUAUCAUAGGCACCCAGAAUACGCUAAACUUAUAAUCGAUCGUCCGCUGGAGUGACACGCUGCAUGGAAAAAGGAAUCUUUCUCACGGAUUUGAUGGAUGUUUGAUCGGUUGGUGAUGCCCAUUUAUAUCAUCGACCGCAAAUUUCCAGAUACACCUGGUGAGUCUCUACAAGCUGCUCCAGAGGGACAGCAGACCAUGGCCGACAACAACACCCAGAAAAAAAAGCCCCAUUGGACCUCAUUGGAGAUCGGUCUCCUGACAAUUGUUUCUUUACUCUUUGUCAUUAUUGUGGCUCUCAUCAUCCUCUUCAUCACACAGAGUGGCAAAGAUGGAGUUUGCAUAACAGCUGACUGCACACAGUCAGCAUCCCGGCUUAUUGAUAACAUGGAUCCCACAGUGAAUCCAUGCAACAACUUCUACCAGUAUGCCUGUGGUGGCUGGCUAAAGAAGAACAUCAUACCAGAGACAAGUUCACGUUACAGCACCUUUGACGUCCUAAGAGACGAACUGGAGGUGGUACUCAAAGGAGUGUUGGAGAAAGAGGACAGUGGAAGCAGCAGCUCAUUGGCAAAAGCCAAGAUUCUUUACAGGUCCUGCACCAACGAGAGCUUAAUUGAACAGAGAGGUGGGACACCUCUGCUCACAAUGCUACCUGAUGUCUUUGAGUGGCCAAUAGCAACAGAUGAUUGGGACACCACAUAUGGACUGAAUUGGAGAGCAGAAGAUGCCAUUGCCAAACUGAAUGAGAAAUAUGGAAAGCAAGUCCUAGUUAGCUUUUUUAUCGGUACAGAUGACAGAGACUCAAAUGCACACAUCAUUCAUUUUGACCAGCCAAGUCUUGGCCUCUCCUCAAGAGACUACUAUGUGUGCACUGGGCCCUAUGAGGAGGCCUGUGUGACAUACGAGAACUUCAUGACUGACUUGGCAAAGCUUAUCCGAACUGACCGGGGGCUGGAGGUUAAUGACACAAAUAUCAGACAAGAAGUUUCCCGGUUGAUGAUGAUGGAAAAGGAAAUUGCUAAUGCAACAGACACACCCGAAGACAGAAACAACCCGGUUCUACUUUAUAACAAGAUGCCUUUGGAGACCCUGAAUACCAAUUUCACCCUGGAGUUUGAUUCUGGGGUGUUCAACUGGACACUCUUCACUAACAGGAUCAUGGCCACAGUUGGCGUUCCUGUUACAGGCAGUGAGGAUGUUAUUGUGUAUGCCCCUAACUACUUUAAGAGGCUCAACCCUGUUCUUGCCAAGUACACUAAGAGGGACAUUCAGAACUACAUGGUGUGGCGCUUCAUUAUGAAUCUGGUGGUCGGUCUGAGCAGGCCAUACAGGGAGACCAGAAAAGCCUUCAGAAAGGCUAUCUAUGGGACCACCUCUGAAGCAGCGGUUUGGAGGCAGUGUGCCAUCUACGUCAACAACAACAUGGAAAAUGCUGUGGGGAGAUUGUACGUGGAGGAAGCCUUUGCCGGAGAUAGCAAAGAAAUGAUGGAUGAGAUGAUCGCUAACAUCAGAGAGGUGUUUGUAAGUAACCUGGAUGAUCUAGCUUGGAUGGACGCUGAAACUAAGAAAGCUGCAGAGGAGAAAGCACGAGCAAUCCGAGAAAGAAUUGGUUUUUCAGAAAACAUCAUGAAUGACACAUACCUAGACCAGGAAUACCAAGAUUUAAGCUAUAAUGGAGACGAAUACUUUGAGAACAUUCUGAAGAAUUUGGAAUUUGGUCAGAAGAAACGGCUGAAAAAAUUAAGAGUAAACGUGAACAAACAAGAGUGGAUCACAGGAGCUGCUGUGGUCAAUGCAUUCUACUCAUCAAGCAGAAACCAAAUAGUAUUUCCUGCAGGUAUUCUUCAGCCUCCAUUCUUUGGGAAAGGUCAGCCCUGGUCUCUGAACUAUGGAGGUAUUGGCAUGGUCAUCGGACAUGAGAUCACGCAUGGCUUUGAUGACAAUGGCCGUAAUUUUGACAAAGACGGUGACCUCAAAGACUGGUGGACUCCAUCUUCGACUCAGAAGUUUCAUGAGCUUUCGAAAUGCAUUGUGGACCAGUAUGGAAACUUCUCUUGGGACUUGGCAAAUGGACAAAAUCUAAAUGGGAAUAAUACCCUUGGGGAGAACAUUGCUGACAACGGAGGUAUUCGCCAGUCUUAUCAAGCCUACCAGCACUAUGUGAAGAAACAUGGAAAGGAAACCCCUCUGCCUGGAAUUGACCUCAAUCACGAGCAACUAUUUUUCCUUAACUUUGCACAGGUUUGGUGUGGAACACAUAGGCCUGAACAUGCUGUCAACUCAAUCAAAACCGACGUCCACAGUCCAGGGAAGUUCAGAGUCCUUGGAUCAUUACAGAACUUCCCAGAAUUUGCCAAAGCCUUCCAGUGCCAGAAACAUGACAACAUGUUGCCAGAGAAGAUUUGCCGGGUGUGGUGAUCACUCUUGCUACUGAAGAUGAGGGUUUUAUUGAGGGCCUGUGGUCUCUCUGUUGACUCUUAGACCGCUAUGGCAGUAAACUAGGGUCCCUACGCUAAACUCCACCAGUGCAAUUGCGCCAUUUAUGGAGAGGGGGAGCUAUAUCGAUACACUCCUACAAGCGACAGCCAAUUUAUUUGAUUUUAGUUAGUGCAAUCAUUUCUCAAUCCAUGGCUCUUACUGUUUGUAUACAUUGUCAAAUCUAAAGUGACAUCUAUGUAGAGAUACUGUUAAUUUUUGUAUCCUUUUUGUUAAUAUCAAGUAAAACUGUGAAAUGGCAAUAUCAGUAGCAUUCUGUAUAGGCCUAUAAAAAAUUUUGUUUUGCAAUACCAGUAUACAUCCACUGCUUGCACCACCGCUGGUCAACCAUAAUUGAUUUUGUAUUACACAACCAGGAUAUGCCAAGAAUUGUAUGUAUAGUACUACAGGAGUUAAUAGAUAUUUUAGUGAAUUACACUCUGUAAUAAUUUUGUCUGGAAACAAGAAAAUUAUCUCAUUUGUAUUUAGCACAGUGAAAAUUAAAAUAUGUAGAUUUAUUUGUAAUUUGUGUCAAUUGAUUUUCCAUUGAGCAUUUCAUAAUAUCACAAAAUAUUAAUGGACACAUCCGGAAUAUAAAAAUAACUUUAACAUUUCCAGCAAUUCAGAAACUGAAUGUUUGAUCUGAAUCUCUCAAACAUGUCUCAUGACAUCAGAAGCACAGGAGUUAUGAAGUGCAAAUGAGUCUGCUUAUAUUACUUGAAUAUUUUGAAUCAAGUGUAUUUGUGUGAUGGUCUACAUUUGUUUGCUUUGUUUUCCCAUUGUAUAUGCUGGCCUUGACAUUUGCUUGUAUGAACAGGUGUAGAUGCAAAAAUAAUAUGCAGCCUGUUCGCCAUUUUUGACUUAAAGCCUUAAAAAUUAGCUAUUGAUUUUGUCGUAUGAAGAACAAGGCUAAGCGAUUCAUACUGAAAUCAAUCCAUGCGCACAAUAAAUAUUAAUGCCAAAGAUUUUUACACUUACCCUUGCUCUGUGAUUUUAUGUUAAUCUAGAAAAUAUGAUACGAUAGUUUAAGAACUGCUGGUCCAAACAUACCCUUCACAACAUCAUAAGCAAGUAUUAAAGCAACUCUUUUCUUUUACCACAUUUAUGAAAAUUUAAAGGAUUAUACUUGUGAUAUUGUUAGUGAUCAGGUAACUAUGUAUUUACAUGAGCUGUACAAGUUUUUUCCCCAAGGGCAUUGAGAAAUUGUAAGCUAAAACAUGCACUUAAAAAAAAAAAAAAAAAAAACACAAAUAAAA